CCCACUCCUGCGACCCAUAUUUCACCGUGUCUCCCUUGAUUUACCUCUGUGUCUGCCGACUCGGUAAUGACAGACACGCCGUCAGACGAAAAUAGUGCCAACGUACUCGCCAUACCAUCUUUCCCAGAGGGACAAUUCGACGGAGAGGAAUGGGGCGAGGAUGGCGAUGACUAUGAAGAUGAAGAUUAUGAAGACGAUGAAGAUCCGGAGGAGAUAGCGCGACGGCUGAAUGAGCAGCUUCUGGCGGACAUCAGCAGAGCUCAGGCGGAGAGCGCGCAGGCAAGUGUUCAAGCUGGUACCUCCAACAACACCACUGCGUCUACAGGUCACGACCCAAUACCGCUCCUACCAGACCCGUCCGUUUUCAUCAAUGAAGCACAAGCAUCAGCAUCAGCCUUGUCAGAGUCUAACUCAGCGCGAAAGCAUGAAGCGGCCAUUAAGACCAUGCGUGCCAUCCUUGACCUUACGUCGGGCGACUCGCUUGCACGCUCCGCCCUUGCAUCCACUAGCAUCCCCAACUCCGACGAUAAUCUCCUCUCAGCUUUACAGAACAUAUCCUCUGCUGGAUCCGUCCCUAAGGACCUCGCCCGCGCACUAAGUCAUGUUCUUGUCUCCCUGGCACGCUCAGAUGCGCUUUUCGCGAACUUGCGGCACUCGAACGCGCCAGCCAUGCAGCUGGAUCUCGGCAAACGCAAACGUGAUGACGCUCAAGACCCCGCAUAUGCUCAACCUCAGGCCAUGGACGUUGACUCUCGACCGUUCAAGCGCCCAGCAUUGGCCCCACCCGACCUCCAGUCCCAGAUCGCAGAAGCAGUCCAUGUUGUAGGGUCCACACUCACAACCGUACCCACAGACCGUCCACUAGACCCCGCUCUUAUCUCUUCUAUUCAAGCCCAAUUACACCAGAUCUUCCUCUUCGCGGUAACAUCCUCUUCAGGUGGUGGUCCUGAGAUGGGCCCCCUACAAGAAAUUGGCGGCCUCAUCCAAGCCAUCGGUGUCAUCAGCGGGACCCAUAUAGGUCCACCCGCGCCCCACCCUCCACACCCGCACGACCCUCACCUCAACCCCUGGGGCGCCCCGCCUCCCCAACACGGAGACCACCUCUUCACCGACCUCACGACGGCCGUAUACCCCUGCCUACACCCCGCGUGCACCAAGACCUUCGCGCGCUUAUACAGCCUCCGGGCGCACGCACGCAUGCACACCACGCACAGACCUUUCAGGUGCGCAGCGUGUCCGGCUGCCUUCGCACGAAACCACGAUCUGAAGAGACACACCCAUCUGCACGACCGGCGCGGGUGGCAGUGUGGCGGGUGCGCGAAGCUGUUCUCGCGGCGGGACGCUAUCAAGCGACACAAGAACGCGAGCGCAGCGCGGGCAGAUGGGAGCGGUGCGCAGUGUGUGGAGGCAGAAGUACGGGAAGUCGAGCUUGAUAGGGAGGGUGACGAGGAGGAUGCGAAGGAGGGAAGGAGGGCACGGAUGUGGAGCGAUAUCGCGGCUGUUUCGGGGGCUCCGCCUGGGGGUGGGUUUGUGCCGUUCGACGGAGGCACUGUGGGAGGCAUAGGUGGGCCGGAAGAAGGAGAGAUAUCGCGGGAGGUCGUUGGCCGAGGGCAGGCGGCGGUCAUGAGCCUGCAUGGGCUCUUGCAGGCCAGGGUAUCAAGUGCUCUCGGUGCGCCGGUGGGCCAAGGAAACCCGCUUGUCGUGCCUCCCCCUCCACCGCAAUAUGACCCCAGCAUCAUGGGUGGACAGGCUACGCUUGCGAGCAUCAUCGCGCGAGCUCAAGCGCAGCCGCCUCCUGCAGUACCACCGGCCAGUGCUGCCCAGCCUAUACCGUCGAUUGAAGCUCCGCCAGUUGAUGUUGCUGGGUCUGAGCAAGCUACGUCGGGAGGGUCUACAGCGCAGAGCCUUGCACUGCUUGGUCUCUCCGAGGAGCAGGCCAAACUUCUCGAACAGGCUAUUGCACAUGCUGCAUCCGCAGCACAGGCACAGGCCGAGGCCGAAGCCGCUAUGGAGGAGGAGGAAGAAGACUACGAGGACGAUGAAGACGCGACGCUCGAUGGAGAAGGCGAAAAUAUGGCUGGGGAAGCUGGGGCAUAAGCGAUCUGGAAGCUUUCCAUGCAGGCUAUGGCGUUAUCACGGGCUCGGUGGUCUGCGAACGCUUCCAGCCUUCCGUGAAGCGCCUGCUACUGCCAUUUAUUGGCACGCCGAUUGUAUGGCAAAGGCCACUCCCUGGUCUAUCACGAUGGCCCUAUUCCUACUCCCCAAGACGGUUGGAUGAUUGUAUUCCAUCCACUUGGGCAGGGAAAUGGCGCCAUGUGUGCGUCAGAGGUUAUCUGUACCUCUUUGUGCUUCAAGACUUCGGUCCCCGUCUCAGGCAACGAUCAGCAUAGCGUGCCGCUCCGUCCUUGUCAGUUGGAGCUAGAGUAUUCCAGGUAUAUCUCUCGCUGGCACGUUUGUACCUCGGGUUUAUAUGGGAACUAC